GUAAAAAAGACGUUUUUGGUGUGUGACAAAUCUGCGCUGUUUCUAUAUGAAACGCAUGCGCUCACGGCACGCGCAUUUUUCUUUUUGGGUAACCCAACAGCGACCAUUGUCCUCUUUCCUUCCACUUCCUAUCUUCCUCUUUUUAUUUUUUUUGUUCUCGGUGAGAUGACCACGCUAAACCGUAGACCUGUCAAGGUCGUUACGGAUAGUGAAGACGAUCAGUCGGAUAUUCGGCAGCGCAGCGACUUCCACAUUACAAGCCGAAGAAUCUCUACGGUUGCUGAAGAAAAGCAAGAAGACAAAAAGAAAAAGCUUAGCUACCAAGGCUUCAAACAUACGAUACCCAUUCACACUCUUACCAAAGCCUCAGUACUCUCCAAGGAAGCACCACCCGAGAAUUACAGUGGUUUUAUCCGACUUGGAAUGCUUGUUCUUGGAGCAAGCAACAUUCGACUGAUCAUUGAAAACUGGAUGAAGUAUGGUCUUCUCAUUCGCCUACCGCACAGCUACAUUCCGUACCAGGACUAUGGUCUGUUUCUUCUUUCAUGGCUGAGCGUGCCCUUAUGUCUGGCGAUAACGCUGGGUGUCGAAACUGGAAUGGCCAAGCUGGCUGCGAAGGCUCGGAACGCGAAGCCUGAUUUCCGGAACAAGGUGGCAAUCCUGGAACGUGUGGCAUCAGCAGCUCAUGUUACCCACCUGACUUUUCUCAUCUCAUACCCUUCAUACAUUGUUUACACCAAGAUUUACCAUCCAUUGGUGGGAUCUGCGGUGGUCAUCAUAUCACUUAUCACAUUCCUCAAGCUUAUCUCAUACGUCCUUGUCAACCGGGAGUUACGGCAACUCUAUGUCAGUGGUCAAACGGACGAUUACCAUGACGAAAAUGCACGGUAUCCCAACAACAUCCACCUUGGCAACCUCAUGUACUUCUUCUUCGCGCCCACCCUCUGCUACCAGCCCGCCUAUCCUCGGUCAUUAAGGUUCCGAACGACGUUUUUCUUGAAGCGUGUUGGCGAAUUGGUGGUGUGUCUUGUCAUGAUGUACGUGUUGAUGGAGCAGUACGCCAAGCCGACUCUGGCCAACUCGCUCCAAGCGCUCGAGGACAAAAACUAUGUGGUGAUUGUCGAACGCGUUUUAAAGCUAUCCACGACAGCUGUGGUGAUCUGGCUCCUUAUGUUUUACGCAUUGUUUCACGCGUUUCUGAACGCCCUUAGCGAAGUGCUCCGCUUCGGCGACAGAACGUUUUAUCUUGCCUGGUGGAACUCGGGCAAUCUGGCAACAUACUGGCGUUUAUGGAAUCGUCCUGUGUAUCUUUUCUUUAAGCGUCAUGUAUACAUCCCUAGCGUCCAACGGGGCAUGUCACCAGCUAUUUGUCAAUUACUGGUGUUCCUUGCAUCGGCGGUCCUCCACGAGGUGAUGGUGGGUAUCCCCACCCAUGCGAUUACAGGGUUUGCUUUCUGGGGAAUGUUUGGACAGAUUCCACUUAUCGCACUCACGAGGGCUUUGGAAAAGUGGCGUGGAAAGGAUAGCGCUCUGGGCAACACAAUUUUCUGGAUCACCUUUUGUGUCGUCGGCCAGCCCACAAUCGCAUUGCUGUACUAUUACCAGUGGGCGGCAGCUCACAAGGGCAUGACCCCGCCAUGAUGAAUGACUGGUUUCGUUCUGUUAAAGCAUUAAUUAUGGUAUCAUUAAAAGAAAUAAAAAGCACGCAUUGUACUGUA